AUUGUUUUCAUGAUAUGAGAGUUUGUGUGACUCAUCUCGAUUUACUCAAAAUCUUGUAUAAUAAAAUCGUUUUUUGUAUCUUCAAAGAGCCUUGUUAGUAUAAAGGGCAGGUCUUGCACUUUUUUUCUACAAGUUUUAUAAAAGCCGUCAAACUGGGGAACGAAAUGUCUUCGUCUGCAAUGGAAAAACAUCUUUUUAAUUUAAAAUUUGCUGUAAAAGAGUUGGAGAGGAACUCAAAGAAAUGUGAGAAAGAGGAGAAGCUAGAGAAGGAGAAGGCAAAGAAAGCAAUACAGAAAGGCAACAUGGAGGGCGCCCGGAUACAUGCUGAAAAUGCUAUAAGGCAGAAGAAUCAGGCUCUGAAUUACUUGAGGAUGUCAGCCAGAGUGGAUGCCGUAUCCAGUAGAGUUCAAACAGCACUCACUACCAGAAAAGUCACAAACUCGAUGGCGGGCGUAGUAAAAGCUAUGGACGCAGCUAUGAAAUCCAUGAACCUUGAGAAGAUAUCAGGCCUGAUGGACAAAUUCGAGAGCCAGUUUGAAGAUCUCGACGUGCAGUCGUCGUACAUGGAGAAUGCGAUGUCGCAGACAACGACUACAACCGUGCCUCAAGGGGAUGUUGAGAAGUUGCUGCAACAAGUUGCUGAUGAAGCUGGAUUGGAAUUGAACAUGGAGCUCCCGUCGGGAGUGCCGAGCUCGUCCGUGGGCGCCGCGACCGCCGCCUCGCAGGAGCAGGACGAGCUCACGCAGCGGCUGGCGCGGCUGCGGCAGGCUGAGUAGUCCACUCUACGUGUGUAUAUCAUUUGUAAACUUCGAUAACUUGUACCAUAGAUAAAACAAUGUUUGGCCUGGUUUGUAACCUGGUCUAUCCGGAGUUUCGACCGCCUUUUACUGAUUUGUACGAAUUGUAAGUUCAAUCGAGUUGUUCCAGGAGGUAGAAAAUAUUGCGUGACAUCAGAUAUGGGUGUGCUCUCAGUAUUUUCCUUUUUUUAUUUUGUAAUCUUCCCAAAAAUCCAACCCAAGAUGGGUUUACGACCGUCUUUUUGGGAGGAAACUGGUGAGGUUAGUGAAAGUGUUAAUACUUAAAUUUUAUAAAAAGAAACACACCUCCCUGCCGCGUCUGCCUGUCUGUAUGAACGCGAUAACUUCAAAAACUACUGACGAAUUUUUAUACGGUUUUCACCAAUAGUUAAGUGUGAUGAAAGUUUAGGUGCACCUUUUGUUAUAGUUUUACCCGAAUGAAGCCGGGACGGGCCGCUAGUAUAGCAUAUUUUAUAAUAGGGUGAUUCGUAGAGUGUUUUGACCGCAGCGGUCGCGCUGUCAUCGCAAUUUUUCAAAUUUUAACAAAGACAAGAAUGAGUUUUGCUAUAUGACUUUAGAUUAAUUACUCUGCACUGUAGUAAUGUCUAUUUUAUGAAUGAUUGAUUUUGGAAAUGAUUUCUUCCUCAAGAAAAUUGACGGAUUGUAAUGAAACGCUCUGCGAACCACCCAAUAUCCUUUACAAUACUAAUAUCUACAUUCAAUGGUCAAUGUUUAUUUAUUAUAUUGAACAUUUAUGUUUAGAUAAAAUAUAGUUAAAAUGUCAUAAUUACUUUUAUUUUCUAUUAUAAAUGUGGCUUGAAGCUUGAUAUAAUGUAAUAAUGCUUUGAUGAAAGCGUUUCGACCGCUGCGGUUUUCGAAAGAAUUCGUUUUAUAAGAAUAUAUAUAUAUAUAGCAAAACGAAUUCUUCUUUGUUGAAAUUUGAAAAAUUGUGAUGACAGCGCGGUCGUGGCUGUCGAAACGCUCUUAGAAACACCAAUAAUGUAACUGGAUUAUAAUAAUAUCAUCAUAACAUUAUAUUCAUCCCAAUUUGUUUGUAAAAAUAUCGAUAAGUAUGUAUUUUCUUUGAAAUGUUUAACUUUAAAAUAAGAAUCUUCAAAUUUAUUAUGUCGUGUCUCCUUUUUUAAACUGUGUGACGUGUCAAAAUUGUGUGCCGUUUUUAAGUACCUAAAAGAAAUUCGUUGUAUACUUAUGUAAAAAGAAUUUUGUUUGGAAGGAAUGUAUUAAUUUUUAUUUUGUGAUAUUUUUAUAAAAUACAAUGCAAAAUACAUAACUAUGUGAACUGAUUAAAUUAUAUAUGCUUUUCUAUUAUUUAUUAGUUAGAAAAGUACCCUAUGUCACUCUCCAACCUUCCAACUAUUUCCAUACAAAUAACCACAUUGCUCAUAGUUUCUAAUGAAUGAAUGAAAUUUGACUUUAAUAUUUUGUGAAAUUAUUUGAACUUUAAUAUUUAUAAUAAUGGAUGUUUUAUUGGUGGCUUUGAAAACAAAAAUAAACCUAUCCCUUUCAGUAGGAAACCGACAAGGCAUGAGAAUUGUGAAAAAAAUAUUUUAUUUUAAUAUUGCAUUCCGAUCACAAAAUGUAAAGAAAGCUACGUGUUAUCUAUACUGAUUGUUAAGUAUUUGUUAUGUAAUUAACGUUUAAGAUUUAAGCAGGAUAAUAUUAAUAUAAUGGCUAUUUUUGAAA